AUGGAAUUUGGUGUUGGAAUGGGUAGUAGACAACAUCUUCCGGUUGGUUUCGUUUUUUCACCAACGGAUUCCGAACUCAUUGAUUACCUGAAGAAAAAGAUCAAUGGUCGCCCGCUUCCCAGCGAUAUCAUCAAAGAGAUCCCCUAUUUGUACGAGUAUCCUCCUGAGCUUCUCCCAAUCGGGGAGUUUGAGGAUGGAAGGGAGAAUGAGGCAUACUACUUUACUCAUAAAGGGAAAAAAUCUCCACCUGGAGAAUUACUUGGCGGGAAGAAGUUUGAUGGCCAGUGGAAAAGCAAUGGCCCAGAAGAGAGAGUUUUUGCUGACAACCAAAUUUUAGGGUUCAAAAAAGAGCUAUACCUUUAUCGGAGAGAGAAGAUGAGUGGUUGGGUGAUAAGAGAGUAUAGGUGCAAUCCAGAGCUAGUUCGUGCCCGUGAUAUUCUUGACUUGAUACAAAAUUACGUGGUCUUGCAUAUCAUGUUCGAUCCAGAUUUGAGGGGCACUUUCUCGGCAGAAGACUCUUUUUCUAUUCCCAUGGAAGUAGCAAAAGGGUUGAGUUUCUUCAACAACAACGCUGAGAAUUGAACAAGACAAAAGUGGCUGCUGCAUCUUCUAUGAAUCCUUUGUCAAAAAUAUAAUGACAUAAUUUUUCCUUA